CUUUGAACUGGACCAGUCAUUCCGGAUUGUAUGAAACUUCACAGAAUGAUUCCGAUCUCAUCCUCUGAUUGGCCUCAAACGACGGAAACGGCGCCCCAACUGAAUAGCGAUUGGCUGUCGCGGACUCGUGUUUCAUAUCGCCCAAUAGCAGCCCCCCAUUGCGAAAGUCUGAGUCGCCAGCGUGACCUCCUAGCCGCGUCCACCUCUAACUUACAGCCAUGUUGCGCUCUUUCCGACGUGUCGAGCAGCUAAAGAGCAGCUUGCGGACUAUGCCGAGUGUCCGCGCCGACUGUAAGAUCGUCAUAAACCCGUGCAGGAUGGCCAGUUCGGAUUUCAGGAUCGAGCGGGACACCUUCGGCGAGCUCAAGGUCCCGUCGGACAAAUACUACGGCGCCCAGACCGUCAGAUCCACCAUGAACUUCAAGAUUGGGGGACCUUCCGAGCGAAUGCCGCUCCAGAUCAUCCAUGCCUUCGGAAUCUUGAAGAAAGCGGCGGCCCAGGUCAAUAAAGACUACGGUCUGGACCCCAAGAUCGCGGACGCUAUCUGUCAGGCGGCGGACGAGGUGGCUAUCGGGAAGUUGGACGAUCAUUUCCCUCUGGUGGUGUGGCAGACCGGCUCCGGAACCCAAACCAACAUGAACGUCAACGAGGUGAUAAGCAACCGAGCUAUCGAGAUCUUGGGAGGACAACUGGGCUCCAAGGAUCCGGUCCACCCCAACGACCAUGUCAACAAGAGCCAAAGCUCCAACGACACCUUCCCCACGGCCAUGCACAUCGCCGCAGCCACAGAGGUCCACCAGGUUCUCAUCCCGGGCCUGCAGAGUUUGCACGACGCACUGGCAACCAAGGCCGAGGAGUUCCAGGACAUUAUCAAGAUUGGUCGCACGCACACGCAGGACGCCGUGCCAAUGUCGCUGGGCCAAGAGUUCAGCGGGUAUGUCCAACAGGUCAAGUACAGCAUUGAGCGGGUGAAGGCGGCCAUGCCGCGGGUGUACGAGCUGGCGGCCGGUGGCACGGCCGUGGGUACGGGCCUCAACACGCGCGUGGGCUUCGCCGAGAAAAUGGCGUCCACAGUCUGCGCCCUGACCGGGCUGCCUUUCGUGACGGCACCCAACAAGUUUGAGGCACUGGCGGCGCACGACGCCCUGGUAGAGCUGAGCGGCGCUCUCAACACGGUGGCGGUGAGCAUGAUGAAGAUCGCCAACGACGUGCGUUUCUUGGGCUCGGGCCCACGCUCGGGCCUGGGCGAGCUUAUCCUGCCCGAGAACGAGCCGGGCAGCAGCAUCAUGCCCGGCAAGGUCAACCCCACGCAAUGCGAGGCCAUGACCAUGGUGGCCGCCCAGGUGAUGGGCAACCACAUGGCAGUGACGGUGGGCGGAAGCAACGGCCACUUUGAGCUCAACGUCUUCAAGCCCAUGAUUGCCAAAAACGUGCUGAACUCAGCGCGCCUGCUGGGCGACGCCACCGUGUCCUUCAGCGGCAACUGCGUGGUGGGCAUCCGGGCCAACACGGAGAGGAUCGAAAAGCUGAUGAACGAGUCGCUUAUGCUGGUGACGGCGCUCAAUCCGCACAUCGGCUACGACAAGGCGGCUGCCAUCGCCAAGACGGCGCACAAGAAGGGAUCCACGCUAAAGAAGGUGGCCGUGGAGCUGGGCUACCUCACCGAGGAAGAGUUCGAUCGCUGGGUCAAGCCCAGAGAAAUGCUGGGACCCAAGUGAACCUGAUCAAAGUUUAUCACGCACGCUUAAUUUAAUACACGGGAAUCACGUGGCUACUGAAGGGCAAUUGAAUGUUGCAAUGUCACAGUACGGAAAACUAAUGGACAGCUAAAUUGGAUUUUUACAUCAUGUGCCAUGCUAAUUGUUUACGAAUGGGCUGUGGUUGACACCGUGGUUGAUAUGUAUGAAUAAAAAGCAAGACUUCAAUA